GCUCAGUGGAACAGUUCCCUCCAACGCGCUGCUUCUUCGCCAUUUUGAUCCGGGGAAGAAGUAAAGGUACACUGUGAACUAGCUACAUAAACAACCACCACAGAGCAACUUUAAGAAGAAGAAACACUACAUAUCACUAUGAGUGGUUGUCGUGUUUUCAUCGGCCGCCUGAGCCCACAGGCCCGAGAGAGGGACGUGGAGAAGUUUUUCAAGGGAUAUGGACGAAUCCGAGAAAUCAACUUGAAGAAUGGAUUUGGCUUUGUGGAAUUCGACGACCACAGAGAUGCAGAUGAUGCUGUGUACGAGUUAAACGGCAAAGAAUUGUGCAGUGAACGGGUCACGAUUGAGCAUGCUCGUUCCAGAAGAGGAAGAGGCGGCGGACCCGGGAUGGUCGGAGGCCGUUUCAGUGGCGGCAGCAGUGGCUAUCGGCCGUUGCGCAGCAGUGGCUCAAGGUAUGGCCCUCCUGUGCGUACAGAUCACAGGCUGAUUGUAGAAAACCUCUCGUCACGGAUCAGCUGGCAGGACCUGAAAGACCUGAUGAGAAAAGCAGGUGAAGUUACCUUUGUGGACGCUCACCGGCCCAACAAAAAUGAAGGAGUGGUUGAGUUUGCAUCCCGCAGUGACAUGAAGAAUGCCAUUGCCAAGCUGGACGGGACCGAGCUGAACGGUCGCAAGCUCAAGAUCUUUGAGGACAGCAGGAGCCGCUCUCGCUCUCGCUCCCGCUCCCGCAGCUACUCGCGCUCCAGGAGCCGCUCCCGCAGCCGGGACCGCUCCAGGAGCCGCUCCCGCUCUAGGAGCCGUGACCGUUCCAGGAGCCGCGACCGCUCCCGCUCCCGUUCCCGCAGCCGCUCCAAGUCCAGGAGCCGCACCCCGGAGAAGAAGUCCGGAGGGGGCAGCAAGGGCAGAUCCCCCUCCAGGUCCAGGUCCAAGUCCCGCUCCAAAUCUCGCUCCAAAUCCCGCUCCAAGCCUCGCUCCAAGUCUAGGUCUAAGUCCCGCUCUAGGUCCCGCUCCAAGCCCCAAUCAAAAUCCCGCUCCAAGUCCCGUUCCAAAUCCCGCUCCAAGUCUCAAUCCAAGCCCCGCUCCAAAUCCCGCUCCAAAUCCCGCUCCAAAUCCCGCUCCAAGUCCCGUUCCAAGUCCCGAUCCAGGUCCCGCUCCAAAUCCCGCUCCGCCUCGCCGGCCCCGGAUCAGAACCAACAGUCCCGCUCUCGAUCCAGGUCCCGCUCUCGUUCCCGCUCCGCCUCAGCAGACAGCAAACACUGAGCCUGGCGCCCCCCGCAGGCCGCCGCAGAGACUGAGAGUCCCGCCAGAGGAGUGACACGUGAUGUUUUUUUUUUUUGUUUUUUUGUUUUGUUUUUUUAAUCAAUGGGGACAAACUGCCUUCUCACAGUCCAAACCUCGACCAUGUGUUUUAUUUCUCUCAGUCUUGGACAAGCUUCCACAGGAGAAAGACUUGAACCAUUAAGUUUUCCGCCCCCUCGUCUCCUCGAGACGCUCCCUUUCUCUGUGAAGACGGCGUCCUCUGUCCUGGAGUCUCCUCCAGCCGUCUGCCACGUUUCGAUUCCAUCCUCUUGGAAAACGCCGUCGGCCACCCCCCCCACCGCCCCACCGCCCCCCCCUCAAGGAAGAAAAAACAAACAAGCGUGACGGAGUUCAUCUAGCGUUUGCUGUGAAACUGGUGUUUGAUUCACUGCCCUGAUAUGUGAACGUAAAAAUGCAACCAUUACAGCUUUAUGUCUUAGUCCAGGAACCCGGCAUUAAUGUUGAUUUUUAAAUCUCGACCAGGACGUCGUGCUUUGGAUUUUCUUUGUAAUUCAUCUCUUUUCUUUAAGGAUCUGGAAACAGGUUUGUUUAUCAGUAAGUUUAAUUUGUUACUAAUAAAAAAAGCGAAACAGA